UUCAAAGGCAAAUCCAAACGAAACCCACUUGAAAGCUCAAUAUCCCCAAUUGGGUCGGAUGCAAAGGGAAGUCAGGGCAAAAGUCAGAACUCAGAAGUCAGAAGCACAUAUUGACCCAAAAUGCAAAGUCAGAACUCAAAAGGAAACUAAGGCAGUACCGUCGCGAUUCUGUUGUGCGGCACGGAGGAGCUGCCGAAGCGUGGAGUCGUUGGGGAAGAAGGUGGAAUCGUGUUCCGCUGCCGUGCUGAUUGGUGGGUUUGUGGCCCAAACUAGUGACCUGAUCCAAUCAAAUUUCUCGAAACAGAGAUCCUCUACUAGGGUUUCGGUCAUUCCGCACCAGAAACUACGACUCAAAACCAAUGUUUUAAAAACCGGAUCGGACCGGCCGGUUGGACCAGUUCAACCGCGAAAUGACAACACUAACAAUCCAGUCAGGCAUGUAAAACCGUUGUUUAGAAAACCAUUGAGAAACCGUUAAACUGGCCAAAAAUCGGCCGAUCGGACCGAACCGAAACCAGCCCGGUUUACACAAAAACGGAAGCUCCUUCGUUUCUUUCUCCCUUUGUCCCUUUCUUUCUUUCAUUCAGAAAGAAAUCACACAAACCCAGCCAAAAAACCCUAGCACUGUAAGCCUACACCACCGUCGCAAGGAGUGGCAUACUGCCGCCGUCCAUCGCACUCAAAGUUCGCCAUCCGUCCGUCCAUCUAGCUUCCCUCGUGCUCCAAGUCUUCAACCCCUGUUCGCUGUCACCGGUCGCGGCUGCUUCCUCGAGCUCGGGGUCCGUCGUCUUUGUCUGCUCAGCCGCGCUUCCGUCGCCGUUUGUGUGCAGUUCACGUUCGGGUUUUCGUUCAGCUGUCGUCUUCGUUCGCGUUCUUCGCCGUUCACGUUCGCUCGGUGUUCACCGUUCGAGGUCGCAUUCGCGUCUGGAAGCCACGUUGCUCUGCUUCAAACUCUGCGACCAACCCGUGCGCUCCUCCUAGCCGUCGAACUGCUCUCUUUUGUCGCCGCCAGCAGUUGGACCAGUAAACCAGUGACUAGAGCAGUUUGAUGAUCGGUCCGGUUUUCACAACCUUGCUCAAAACUACAUCACUUCAAUUGAAACUGCACUCUGCAAUAUCUUUGAAGAAUCAGACUUCUUACAGGGGUAAAUGGGUGAUCGGCAAUUAGGUGAGCAACAACAGCAGGGGGUUGAUCAGCAACUAGCAUCUUCUCCCGCUGCUUCUACAAAGGAUGAUAUGGUUUCUUCUGUUAUGGCUUUGGAGGCUGCUUUGCUUCCCUGUUUGCCUGCCCGUGAACUUCAAGCUAUUGACCGUUCUCCCCACCCUUCCCAUCAGAUUGAUGUGGAUAGGUAUGCUAGAGAUUUUAUGGAGGCUGCCAAGAAGUUACAGCUUCAUUUUAUUAGUCUGCAACGUGAGGAUAAGCCGACUAAAGUUGAAAUGCUUAGAAAGGAUAUCACUCUCAUGGAAGAAGAACUUGACAGGAAAAAUGAGCUGAUAAAGAAACAAGAAAGUUUAGUUCUGGAGUGGAAAAAAGAGUUGAAAGAGCAAAUGGACAAACACAAGACUGAGUUGGAAAGGGUCUAGCGUAAGCUCAGGUCACCUUUGUAAUACCGGCCACACAUGUAUUAAGUUAGCAGUUUAUGUUAUAUAUUUUAUCUUCUUUUGGGGGCAAGUUUUAAUUGAUGAUUAGCCACGCCGCAAAACAUGAGUUGUUAGAUGAGAUGAUUCAGAACCCAGUUUGUUUAAUUUUGAUGAUGAAAGCUGAGGAGGCAGGAGUAUUAUGUGCUUGCUAAGUCGCAAGUCAAUAUGAGGAAUGCAGGGAUUGAAUAUGGAGCUCGUCAACUGGAAGAUGUCCUUGUAGAAUUCUCUCCCGAAAACAUACAAGACUUUCGAGUCAUUGAGAAAUUGAAUUGCACCUCAUGAGAGUUUGACUUUUUAGGAAAUAUAACUCAACAAAAUGUAUUAUUUGUAUGUCAUAAUUGAUUUUGGACUAGACUUUUGAAACUUCUCUAUUGAAUGGUUCAGUUUUCUGGAAAUUGGAAAUACAGCGUCGUCGGUUUUGCUAUUCCGUA